AUAAUAGAGUUGUAUUAGGAAAAAAUGAACGUAAUGAGUUCAUGUCGUUGUUGUAUGCGGUGUCCCGCGGACAAAGACCUCACAACACCGUACACACAUCUCGGGAACACGGAGGUAUACGCCGAUAUGCUCAGAGAAUGCUUCGAUUUACGUUUGUGGGUGAGCCCGUCCAUCUUCAGCGGGAUCUGCUCGGGCUGCGUGGGCCGCCUGCGAGACGCCAGCGACUUCAAGCUGCAAGUGCAGCUCAGCCAAGUGGAGCUGCUUGCGCAGUUGCAGGGAUACAGGCUUGAAGAGAAAGAACCCACAUACGAGCUGGAGGAAGACGAGCCCAGUGAGGAACUUAUGGCGCCGGAAGAGCCUGCAGUGAUAGUAGAGAAGCUGGAAGAAGACUUAUUGCAGGAUGACAUACUGUCGUCCAAAAGCAACGAGGAGUCGUCACCGAUGACCUUUGCCUACUCGGUGCAGCUGGAGCGUCUCCGACAGGGGCUGCGCGCGCGCCCGCGCCGCAAGCGCGUCCCCCGCCACGCCCCGAACCACACGCCCCCCUACCAGUGCCACGACUGCGGCAGCCGCUUCCAACUCAAGAAGGAAAUAAGCCGACACAUACAAUAUAACUGCAUCGAAGGCCCUUUAGCUCUCAUGAACAGAAAUAUAAAACGAUACGGCUGCAAACAUUGCACCUACACGAGCAGAAACGAGCGCAAUCUACACUUUCAUGAGUUGAGGCAUAGAGGGGAGAAACCGUACCGAUGCGACAGCUGCGCCUACAAAACUACUCGGAAAGGGGAUUUCGAGAGACACCAGAGCAUUCAUACUGGCGAUAAACCUUUUCAGUGUAACGUUUGCGAUUAUAAGUGCAUUCAGAAACAUACGUUGUUGAUUCACAUGAGGAGACAUACUGGUGAGAAACCAUAUACGUGUAAGCAAUGUAACAGACAGUUCAGGCAGAUACAGUGCUUACGAAAACAUCAGAGAGGGCGGCACCAAAAAAAGCCCAAUGAAAUCUCUCCACGAUUACGCAUCUCGAGGAAGAUGAAAAAUCUUUUUAAGUGCUAAGCCUUAUUCUUCGAAAUAUGGCUCCGUACCUUUCAUGUCUGUGGUGGUAAAAAAAAAACUAUUCUCAAAAAUGUUAAAAUAUGGCAAAAAUUAAAGGAUCCCUUUCAUACAUAGACAAGAGGUAACCUACUACUGUUUCUGUUUACCCCUAUGGUUAACUGGUAGAGCUUACCUUUAGGCAUUAAGUCCGCCAUUUGUACUUUAUUUGGUAUAUUGUGCACUGUGCACUAAAGUUUAAAAAAUAAAUAAAGAGGUUAAGUGGUAACUCUGAUACUCAAAAGCUGACAUUUGAGAAGCCUUUGAUAACAAAACAUGUAUUAUAUUUUAUUUUUCAAAAUAUGGGACACAAUUAGUAUACACUACAUACAUACAUACAUCACUGGCUCAGUGACCCAAAGAGGAUCUUAGCCUCUGACACAAGAGAGCGCCAUUCUGCCCUAUGCUGCGCCACUUCACGCAAGUUGGGUAUUCCGAGGGCGGACAGGUCUUUUUGGGCUUCGUCACUCCAGCGGUAUCUGGGACGCCCAGACGGACGUUUUCCGCCCGGGUGCCCCACAUACGCUCUUCUCACAGCACGAUCCUCCCCCAUCCUCUCCAGGUGACCAAGCCAGCGGAGUCGUGUUGCUUUGAUCUCGCCAAUUAUAUUAGGCAUCGCAACCAGCUCCUCACAAACACAGUAUACACCUCUUAGUAUACACUAUCACAGAAUAAAUAAUAGUACUAGGUACAGAAGACUCACUCUCUAACAAAACGCGUCUGUCACGAUCAGCACAGAUAUGGCCGCUAGAUAGCGACAGCGCCACGCGCGGCUUAUAGCAGACCCCAAAAUUGGGGUCGAACGGAUGGAGUUUUAGCUACCUGUAGCAAAGCGACGAAAUCGCGGAGUGAGCCACGCCUGACACAGUAGCGAAAUUAAACGUACACUCCUACAAAGUUUUUUUUUUUAACUGUUAAGUACUACGCCAGCGCCAUGGUUUUUUUAUGCAAACAAACGUUCCAUACA